AUGCUUAUUACGACUGCUCUAAAACGACUAGCUCUCAAUGCUGGUAUUAAUACUUCUCCUGUUAUGCGUGCAGCGCCCACUGGUGUUGCUAUACUAAUAGUCGAACGCUUCAUUCUUUAUUUAGACUGCCUGUUGCUUAUGAUUCUUGAGGAAGAUCUGGUUGCCGAGGAUUAUGAGCAGUAG